CAGCCAGCUUCCCUCUCGUCGAUUUCGUCACCGCCGCCGAAUUUCGAGGCUGCUCCGUUUCUUCUCUCACAUCCACACCUCUCGCUCUCUCUCUCUGUCUUUUUUUCACGUCCACCUCCCUCUCUCUCUUUCUCUCUGUCUUUCGACCAGGGGAAAGGUGCGGCUGCUCAUGGCUAUCGCGCCUACUCAGGCGAGCCUUCUUCUCCACAAGCAACUCAAAGAUCUCUCUAGGAAUCCGGUCGAUGGUUUCUCCGCCGGCCUGGUCGAUGACUCCAACAUCUUCGAGUGGAGCGUAACCAUCAUCGGACCCCCUGACACAUUAUACGAUGGAGGCUAUUUCAAUGCAAUAAUGAGCUUCCCACCUAAUUAUCCCAACAGUCCUCCAUCAGUCCGGUUCACAUCGGACAUGUGGCAUCCAAAUGUUUAUCCUGAUGGACGGGUUUGCAUAUCGAUUCUUCAUGCUCCUGGUGAUGAUCCAAAUGGUUACGAGCUUGCAAGUGAGCGAUGGUCGCCUGUCCAUACGGUUGAGAGCAUAGUGUUGAGCAUAAUUUCCAUGCUUUCAAGUCCCAAUGAUGAAUCUCCUGCCAACAUUGAAGCUGCAAAAGAAUGGAGGGAGAGGAGGGACGAAUUCAAGAGGAAAGUAAGUCGCAUUGUUAGGAAAUCCCAAGAAAUGUUCUGAACCUUGACCCGACUGUUGCUUCUUGGAUGAUUGAACUUGCUUGUGGUCAUCCAACGGUAUGAUAUCUAUGGUUGUGGUUAAAUGGAGUAAAAAAGUUUCGAGUUUCAAUUGAGAUUCUCGUGCCACCUUCUAUUUUGUAGUGUCCAGUGAAGCGAGUCUCAAUCAACAUGUAAUCGGAGGCUUUUCUUUGUACUCAACUGGAUUUAUUCCUGAAUAGGAUCUUUCAGUUUGUGUUUUA